AGCAGAACAGGAGAAUGUUGUGAAUCAUCAUGGUUCAUUUGGUUAAAGUUCUUUGUGUGUUUGAGGCGAUUUCAACCCUCCAGAUUAACUUCAUUCAGUCAGGCUGACAAACAAACAGAAGAUAACCUAUAGUAUCCACUCAUCGUACAACUCGUAGCGGAACCUCCAAUAUCAAUUUUGUCAUCUAGAAAAACAGCAACAGCCAACCAUAUAAAUGGAAAUCCCCUUCAACCACACCAACGGGAGCUGUUCUCGUGACAACAUCCUGAAGGCGGUGGUCUUCCCCGUCCUCUACUCUGUCCUCUUCCUGCUUGGGGGGGCGCUGAACGCCCUGGCCGCCUGGGUCUUCUUUCGCAUCCCCUCCCGCUCGUACUUCAUCAUCUACCUGAAGAACAUCGUGGUGGCCGACGUGGUCAUGACCUUCACCUUCCCCUUCAAGAUCCUGUCGGACUCCGGCGUGGCGUCGGUGGGGCUGCGUGUGUUCGUGUGCCGCGUGUCCUCCGUCCUCUUCUACCUCACCAUGUACGUCAGCAUCCUCUUCUUCGGCCUCAUCAGCAUCGACCGCUGCCGGAAGACCCUGUGGCCCUUCAAGGGCACCAACGCCGCCCGGCUGACCCGGCGCAAGCUGCUCUCGGGGGCCAUCUGGGGCUCCCUGCUGGCCCUGUGCAUCCCCAACGUGGUACUCACCAGCCGGACCCCCGCCUCGCCACGCUUUAAGUGCAGCGACUUGAAGACGGAGGCGGGACUGCGCUGGCACGAGGUGGUCAACCACGUGUGUCAGGUGAUCUUCUGGGUCAACCUGGUGGCCGUGGUGGUGUGCUACGCCCUCAUCACCAAGGAGCUUUACGUCUCCUAUUCCCGCGCCAGGAACCGCGGCGCGGGCGGAGCUGUAGCCACGACACCGGGCGGAGGCAAACCCAGGAAGAGGAGCGUGAGCGGGAACGUGUUCCUGGUUCUGGCCGUGUUCUUCGUGUGCUUCGUGCCGUUCCAUUUCGCCCGCGUGCCGUACACCAUGAGUCAGACCCGGGACCUCCUGUUCGACUGCCGGCUCAAGCUGUUCUUCUUCCAGCUGAAGGAGAUCACCCUGUGGCUGACCUCUCUCAACUCCCUGCUGGACCCCCUCAUCUACUUCUUCCUCUGCCAGUCCUUCAGGACCACCCUGUUCCGGAUCCUCAGGGUGGCCCCGGGCACAUGCAGCUGGCCAGGGUUGGCAUCGGGGGAGAACACGGCCAGCACCCCCCUGGGGGAGUCAGCUGCUGCUGGGGUGUAGAACCGGGAGACACACACGAGGGGUACCAGGACCAAGUCCCAAGUUUUGAAGGAUGAUUUUUUACAGGAUAUAUGUUAUUGGACUGUCGGAUCAGCUGUAGACAUCCCCUUUAAGACAACAUGGUAGUGUAAAUAUAUAAAUAUAUAUAUAUAUACAUAUAUAUAUGUAGAUAAAAGUGAACUUUGGUCCACUCAAGGCUAGUUUAAAUAGAGCAUGAAUGAAUUAUUGCAUACAGCCGGGCUUACAAUAACGAAAGCAGUCAGUAGGUUUUGCACUUUGAAUACCUAAAUACAUUUGACCUGAUCACUGAGAACCCCUGCAAAAUGCAUACUUUAAUAAACAAUGUACAUUAUAAUGGGUUUAUAUUAAAGUAAACUGUGUAAUACACAUUCUUCUCAUCACAUUUGUUUAUCAACAAAUAUGUCAGAUAUAUGCAGAUACCUAAUUCCUGGGGAUAGAUGGUGAUAGUUAAAGCUAAAUAAUGAGCUUGGAGAGUGGUGCUUUGUUUCAUUCUCCCCAGACAUAUGGUACAGCCUGGUAGUAGGUGAAUCGGAUAAUCUACAAUUAAUGAUAUUCUCUAUCUUAUGGAUCAUCAGUGGGUAUUUAUUCUCAUAGUUUUAGCCAAUAUUUGGAAAUGUAAAUGGAAUUGAAUUGAAUAGCCGAUUUCAAUGGACUCAUAUGGCAAAUCCACUUCUAUGUUUUUCUUUUAAAUAUGUGGCUUGCAAUGUGCCGUAGGAUGGUCUUUAGUACAAGUGGGAUGGAAGCAGGAGACGUGAUGUCUUCUGUGGCUCUGUGUCCAAUGUCUGCCAUCUCCCUGCAGGCAUCACUGAGUAAGAUGCCUUCCGCCCGCCUGCUCAUUGAUGAUAUGUAUGUAAGUGUCUGCUCAAUGUCUAAAAGGUUCAAUAGUUAGCCAAGAGAUCCUGCUAAGCUUCAGUAACAUCAAAGGAAAUGUUCUAUCCAUCGUCGCAAAGAACCUCAGGAUUCAUCAGUGAUCUCAUUGCUACCGUAACACAUUAGCCUAUCCCCAAGAUGUCCUCAACCCCUUUCAACUUCUUUGUACUUGUUAUAAUACUCAUGCAUUUCCCUAUAUUGCAAAAAUUAGGAUCUUUUUCUUAUCAAACAGAUAGUCAAUCAACCAAUGAAUUGAUCAUGGAAAUGGAUUGAAGCACAGAGCUGGAACACAUAGAUACCACCACUGUGUUUUCACCCAUUGAUAGGUCAUUUUUCAUUGAUUUGCAUCUUUAAGGUGUAACGGUCUGACCACUUUGAAGGUCCAUUAGAUCUGAAGAAUUCGUCUAGGUGCGAGGCUGAGGAGGACAGUCUCUUGGUGAGUUCCCUGUACCUCUACGGAUGUCAUGGUGAUGUCAGCUGAAUACAGCAUCCCUGUGUAUUAACAAACGGAUCCAAUGCUGUGCAUUGGAUCUAUAUCUUCAUUGAACAUUAUUGCGUGUAAUGUAUAUGAAUACAAAUAUUUGUUUGGCAUUCUGUCGCGUUUGAAGCCUUUGUUGGUUUUGGGUCGACUGAAAAAUCCUACAGUGACCAGUUUUUAAGGUAUUGCAAGCACAACCGGUAAAAAGUAAUUGUUGACAUUUUUCUCUAAUGCUUAUUUUGUCUUGUUUU